AUGGAGGGAGGAAAUGGUGUCAACACGGAUAAAUCAGAUGAGAUCAUCAUGCCUGGGUUCCGGUUCCAUCCUACAGAUGAAGAGCUGGUUAGUUUCUACCUGAAGAAGAAGAUUCAGCAAAAGCCUAUCUCCAUUGAGCUCAUCAGGCAACUGGACAUCUACAAGUUUGAUCCAUGGGAUUUGCCAAAGCUUGCGAGCACCGGCGAGACGGAGUGGUACUUCUACUGCCCAAGAGACCGGAAGUAUUGCAAUAGCACGAGGCCAAACCGAGUCACAGCAGCCGCUUUCUGGAAAGCCACAGGAACAGAUAGGCCGAUUUACUCCUCCGAGGGCACUCGGUGCAUAGGCCUGAAGAAGUCCCUUGUCUUCUACAAAGGCAGAGCUGCACGAGGGAUGAAAACCGACUGGAUGAUGCACGAGUUCAGGCUUCCUUCGCUCGCAGAUCCAUCACUACUAAAGAGACCGAUUGACAAGAACAUUCCAGUCAAUGACUCUUGGACCAUAUGCAGGAUCUUCAAGAAGACCAGCUCGAUGGCAGAGCGGGCGCUGUCUCAAACUUGGGGUACUCCAAUGCCCGGGGAAAGUGGGAAAGAUCUCUUCUCUGGGAUGCAAUCGGUGCAAGCUUCACAUUUUGUUUUUGAGAGCUCCUCUCGCUCAGGGCAAGUUGCAGCCGCAUCAGGAUGUCAGUUCAUCACUAGCAACUACGGCUUCCAGGGACAGCAGAAUUUUCAAAAACCCAGAGACACACAGGAUGGCUCUUCAUCCAAGGUCAUAAGCUUCAGCUGCAGUGACAGUCCAUCUAUGGAAGUCCAGAAAGGUCCCGUCUUCUUGCCAUUCCAGACACAGCCACCACAGAAGUGUUGA